CGAAGAGGAAAUGCACACCAGCACGCUGAGAACUCUUGCUUCAAACUACAGCACGAAACGGUGCAGCACUCUCUCAAGAAAAUGCUUUCCUUUAUUUACCGCUGCUUUAUGUACAUUGUAGUGUGAAAGUUAUGAUAGAAUUUUGUAAAACUCAACUAUUUUAUUAGAUUUAACCUCAGCAUGUUUAACCUGAACAUGUAUAACCUCAGCAUGUUGAACCUGUCCUCAGAAACAUAGGGAAUAUUCGAACGCUGGUGUAUUUUAACAAAUUUUGGGGGGCAACAGGACAUAACCAGUCAUUCAAGUCAUUGACUUGAUUGACUAUCAAAUGAGAAAAGCAACAGAUUUCAUGCUAAAUAGCGAGAAUGAAACGAAACUACAAUAACGCUUUUGAAAUAACCGAUGAAAAAUUAGAAGCCUUCCAAGAGAUCGUCUGCUCGGUCAGAGAAUUGUGUAACGAAACAUUCGUCCAGGACCUUCUGGUCGAGGUGAACGGGAAAACCUUCAACUGCAACAAAUUUUACAUGGCCACAUUCUCGUAUUUUUUCCGAGGCAUAGGAAGGUGCGAGAUGAAAGAGAGCAAGUCGGGGAAGGUCGUGCUGACCAAUAUGUCCCCGGAGACCUUUGACCUCAUCCUGCAAAUGCUGAAGACUCACGAGAGCUUGCUGACAGAUGAAAACACCUUUGAAGUCUGGCAGGCAGCCAAUUUCCUUCAGAUCCCGCUCCUGAUCAGACACUGCGAGAGGAGGAUUAAAACGAUGCUCUCUCUGGACACAUUUGAAUUGAUCUAUAAGCACGCCCAUCUCUACAACUCGGUCAGAAUUCGAGAAAAGGUCAUGCAGUACAUGCAGAAGGAAUUUGAGAGCCUCUGUAAAAACGACUUGUUUUCCUUCGUCGCAUUCGAAGAUUUUCUGCAAGUAGUCGAAAGUGAUGAACUAGAUGUCCGCGACGAGGAUAUUGUCCUGCGGGCUAUUUUUAGAUGGGCGGAGCAGGCUGCGGAUUCGGAAACGCAGAGGGAGGAGGCAGAGAGCAAUGAAAACGAUGUCGAGCCAUCGACCAAACGACAUUGCACGGAUGGCAAGAACGGUGACGGGUCUGCACGUGUCAAACCGUCGAAGCUCUGCAAGCUUUUAUUAGCCUCGAGGUAUGGCAUUGCAAGCCAUGUUUGUAUAAUGGAGUUAUCAAAACAUCCUCUGUUGCAGAAGGACGAAGAAGCCACGCAGAUCAUUAAUGAAGCACUUGUGUACAACACAGAAAGAACGUGCCACGGAUAUUGGCCUCCCUUCGCUCUUCACAGAGAGCUGAGCGGUACCGCCUAUGUUGGCGUAACAGCGAAUAACUUUAAAGUCAGUGCUCUGGACCUCCUGAGUAAAACUUGGACAGAUCUUCCCAGGUGCCCGAUAAUGGCUGCCAAAAGUGUAACCGUGUUUAAAGAUCAGCUCUAUGCAGUUGGCCGCCUGGGCGACACAACCACAAGUAGUCUUUAUGUGUUUAAGAUUAACAGUUGGAAAUUGGUAGACCUUUUACCCGGGGAGGACAUUUUUAUGGUCUCAAAAGGGCACUACAUAUACACCAUUGACCGGAAGAGCAGUCGCGUGCAUUGUGUGAUGCCCACCGGCGAUUCAGUCUUUCGUGAUGAGAUAGAGACCAAGGGGAAGUUGCAAAAUCCAGAAAGCGCGAUAGACUUCAAUAGGAACAUUCUGAUUUUCUGUAGGUCCACAUCCGAUGACCGCAUCAAAAAGGAGGAGGAAACGGCUAUAGUGUAUUGCUUAUCACUACCAACUAACCAGUGGUCACACUGUGGACAUCUCCAAGGUCCAGCCAAAAACUUAGUUUCUUUCAGAAAUGGAGCCAGCCAUUACAUACUGCUAAGAAAUGGGUCCUUGUGGCAGGUGGUGGGGGGUCAUGUCAAGAAUCCAGAGUUCAUCUUUAUUAAAAAUCUGUGGUCAUUUGAAGACUCGCUAAAGGGCGCCUUUAUCCAUAAGGACGUCCUGUACCUCUUUGGAAGCGUCGCCACCGAGAGUUCCAACCUCACUGGCGUACCUGGAGUCUUCGAAAAGGUCAGGUAUUGGUACAGUGAAAAAAAUUACUCAAACUUUGUACUUUUUUUUUUGCCGGAAGUGACCUUUGGACGAGUUCGAAAUGACGAAUCAACUCAACACAGAUAACCGUCGUUUUUUUUUUCCUAGUCAACACCGGUGUGUACAAGUUUUGUAUGAGUGUGUAAGUGGGUUCAUGUACAUAUUGCAGCGUAGACUAAAAAAAAAGAAAAGAAAAUGAAAUCCCAGUUACGAAGUAGUAAGUGGGUAAUAGCAGUGUAGGCUACUACAACACUGGUAUCAGAAUUGAGCUGGUCAGUGUAUCACAGUAAACAGGGCUUUGUUUUUAAUUUGUAUUUAUUAACUUAAAAAAAGAAGGACUAGCGCAUGCCUUUUAUGGCAGAAUGGGAACGAAGCAGAGAAUUCCAGACAUAGCAAAUUUGGCACCGGAAAUUCAUACGAGUCUGUCAUGGUGUGCAAUGUUAAUCUUUUUGGCAUGAACGUGAAAUAUAAGUAUACCAAUUGUUAUAUUUAUAAUAGCAGUUCAGCCAAAGUGUAGCCAUGAGUCUCCAGCCUCUUGAUAUAUAGCAAGAACUUUGAUGUCACUUAUUAUAUUAAAGCAAUAAUUUAUACUUUAGAAAUGAAAAUGUAAAAAAAAAAUGAGAACAUUGUUCCGUACACGCUGAAAUGUAUUUUUUAGAACGAUGAGGUUCGACCUACGGUCCGCGGGCUUCUUCUGGACCUUGACUCUGUUCUAUCCGGCACUCCUGCCCACAGAGCUUAAUGAGGUACAGAGGCUCAGUUUUCUUGAACUUGAUUUUUUUUCUUGCGGCGAUGCUGCCCGCGACAUUCAUGUCCAAAAAUGUUGUGUCCACCAGGAAAGAUUGGGUUGUAUACCCAAGUUUUGUUUUGUUUUUUAGGAAUAAAACGUGUUCGGAGCCACGUUCUAAAAAGAGAAUUUAGUUUGCGUCAAUGAAAAAUAAUUUAACUAAGUAUUUAGUAAUCAUCCAAUAUUAUAUACCUGAAUAAAAUGACUAAUAAAAAGGGAAAUAAUUUCA